CUUCAAUUUCAUUUUUCAACUCGCGCUCCGCGUCGUUCGAUCGAAUAAUAAAAAAAAAAAAAAACAAGUACGGGGUUCGCGGUGAAAAAUCAUGCCCUCGGAGAAUCGGUGAUCGCAAUAUCGAGGUGACCCUAUACCACGCGAAUCGCUACCAUGAGGAACGCGAUAAAAUUGUGGACGUUUAUUUCGGUGCUGUGCGUUCGGUCGUCGGGCAGUUCGAGCGGCGACCGGAUACCCCUGCCGGCCGCGGCGGACGCCGUCAAAGGAAGGACUUCCGCCGUCUGCGAAAAUUGCAAUUGCUCGAUCGGGGCCUCGCUCCCGGAGCUGCGGAACGGGAGCAGGACCUUCGCCGCCCCCGAUUCGCCCAGGAUCCCCAGCCGGCCGACGGACAUCUCGCAAUGGACGGAGUUCCCCGUACUCCCCCUGGUAUUCGCCUCCUCGGAAAGCCUCCCCGAGGGACGGUGCGCGCGACAGGCUCGACGCUUCCUCGAGGAACUCGCCAACUCCACCCUCUGGGCCGUGCAAAUGUUCGACGCGUCGACGAAGUACCCAGACGGGAUAAUAUUCGGGCACACGAAGCACCUGGGUAACUUCGACGAGUGCUACAAUCUGCGGGCAAAACUUCCGCCGGACGAGGAGGAGGUCGAGGGUCGCUACUGUCUGGUGCGUUUGCGGUACGGGCGGAAGACCCGGACGCCGUCGGGGCCCCCGGAGACCUACACCCUCGACUUCGAUCCCAACCGAUCGGCGUGGGACGCGAUCGACGACAACGGAGAUUUCCGUCGAGUGAAGAGGCAAUCGGUAUACAUGAGUCUGUGCGUGCCGGCGAGUUGCAGCGCGGAGGACGUUGCGGCCGGACUGACGGAUCCCCUCAACGAUUUGGCGGACGCCCGAGGGAUAAAACUGGAGGUCACGGUGAAACCGUCGCUCUGCCAGGCGCGGGCUGACCUCCCCAAGAGUUGGUCGACGGGAACGAGGAUCUUCAGCGUUUUCGUCGCGGCCCUGCUGGUCCUCGUGGUGGGAAGUUCCUGGUACGACAGCUGCAUCUAUUCCGCGGAGGAGGCCAGCAAGGAGAACUACGAGCUGCAGGACAUUUUCCUCUGCUUUUCGGCGCGCAGGAACUUCCGUUCGAUCAUGUUCGCCUCCGGGUCCCACCCCGGCCUCGACUGCAUCCACCUCAUCCGCUUCUUCUUCAUGACGGGCGUGAUAUUCGGCCACAGAAUGAUGCAGUACUACGGAUUCCCGAUGGUGGAGUCCGUCUACCUCGAAAAGGGCUACACCGUGCCGUCCUCGAUGAUGGUGUUCAACGGGCCGAUCGUAGUCGACGGAUUUUUCGGCCUCGGCGGCCUCCUGCUAGCCUACGGUCUGCUCGGGGAGCUCGAUCGGACCGGGCGUUUCAAUUUCUUGGCCUACAUAACGAUAAGAUUCUUGAGGUUAACGCCGCUCUACAUGCUGGUGGUCUUCUUCAACGUGACGUUGCUACCGCUGGCCGGAUCCGGUCCUUACUGGGAAGCCAGAAUCGGCUUGGACAGGGACAAUUGCGCGAAAAACUGGUGGACCAAUCUACUCUAUAUAAACAACUACGUUAAUCCCGAGGAGAGUUGUAUCUUCCAGUCUUGGUAUUUGUCGGUGGAUUACCACCUCUACAUUUUCGGAUUACUCGUUCUCUGGGCGUUUUGGCAGCUGCCCCGCAGACUGGGUUACACUUUUCUAGCCGGUCUGAUAGCCCUGGGAAUCGCCAUCCCCUUCUACGUCACCUAUACUCAAAAUAUUCAGCCGAUGUUUCUUGGAUUGCCAUUCAUGGGGGAGGUCAGAAAAGAUCCCUACUUCAUAAACUACUACAUCAAAUCUCACAUGAGGAUAGGGCCCUACAUGGUGGGGAUCCUGGCCGGCGCCAUAGUUUACGACCACAAGGGCUCCACGUGGAGACUCUCCAAGGCCUGGUCGCGGUUGCUCUUCAUUCUCCUGGCCGUGGGGCUGAGCAUCUGGAGUCAGUCUUUGGGCGCGAAAUACUUCGACCCCAACAGCGAACAUCAUCCCCUGGAGGCCGCGGCGUACGCCGCUUUUCACAGACCAGCGUUUGCUCUCGGCAUUUGUUCCAUCGUCGUCCUCAUAGCCAUCGGCGAGGGUCUCGAUUUCCACUACAACUUAAUGACGCCGCGGUGGGUCCCGCCACUCGCGAGACUCACGUACGGCGCCUUUUUGGUCCACAACAUAAACCAGAGUUACGACAUAGCAGUUACCAGAUCGGCGCGAACAUUUUCCGUUCAUAACUGCUUUUGGGACCUGGUCCCCGAUUUGGCGUACACUUUCGGCUUGUCCCUGCUCCUCUCCAUCGCCGUCGAGGGUCCCAUUCGGAAGAUCGAGAUGUUCUUGCUCACCAAGAGGUCCUCGAGCCGGGACGCCACGGAGAGAUCCUCCGUCGACUGCUGCAACGCCGGCAAGAAAUCAAAUUAGAUGAAUCGUUAUAAGCGAUUAAUCAAUCCCGUAUGUAAUAUAAGUUAUUCCGUAGACGCAAGUUUUUGUACAGCUAUAUAUAUAUAUAUAUACGAAAAAUAUCCUACCGACGUUUCAAUAAAAACUUUUACUAAUAA